CCAUCCAUCCAUCCAGUUGCUCACAAUUGGCUUUGUACAAAAGGCCCUCACUCCGCCUCCUUCUCCCUACAUACUCUCCGCACACCAACCGGCCCACCAACAACACCAAUAUCAUACUGAGUACCAUCACAACUACAACACUCUGUAUCGCUUCGUCCGCGCCCAGCUCUUCUCGCCUUCUACUUAUCGCGCAGACUCUGCCUGUCCAUCCUUCCAUCAAUAGCCUAGCGAGACAAUAGUCGGUCGCUUCCUUCCACUCCCUCCACCCAGAAACCCUUUUCCCAAGGUUACCCGGAAAACUCGAGUUUAUGUCCAUCGAAAAUCUCAAGUCUUACGACCCCUUCGCCGAAGCCGACGAAACGCCUGGCGAAUCCAAGCAGGCACAGAAUUAUAUUCAUAUUCGUAUCCAGCAACGAAAUGGACGUAAAACCCUGACCACUGUUCAGGGUUUGCCUAAGAAAUUCGAUAACAAGAAGAUUCUCAAGGUCAUCAAGAAGAAGUUUGCCUGCAAUGGCACUAUCGUCAACGACUCUGAAAUGGGCGAGGUGAUUCAGCUCCAGGGUGAUCAACGUAACGAUGUGCAACAGUUCCUCGUUGACAAAGAGGAGGGUCUAGAGCUCGACCCCAAGACCAUUAAGGUCCACGGUUUCUAAGCUGGCCAUGUCCCAACGACCUCCGUUAUAUCAGUUUCUUCGACCAUAUACGGACUGUGUCACGGAAUGGACUAGCUCACUCUCUGCGGUGUCUGUAUGAAGGGUGACUGGAUGACAUCGCUAGCUGUCUAUCUAUCUAGUGGACAGGCUUCCUUCGGUCGAGGCGUUAUACGGAAUGGUCCGGACAUGAUACCCUUUUUUUGAGUCACUGGAGAAUCCCCCGUCAUGGAUGGGAAAGAAGUAGAUGCAAGGAAGCAUUUUCUCACGCGAGUCACUCGGCUUGGUUCGGUAGUACACCAGAUGGUCGGCUUUAAAGCUAGCCUUCCGUUACCGAUGCUGAAAGCAUACGUUAGUAAAUCAGUAACCGGAGAUCAUGCUAGAAAUCAUUGCUCGUCUCACUAUACUCGUGAUCACGUUGCCUCAAUUACGCACAAGUGCGUUGUAUUCCAACCGUAGUAGUGACACUAUCUAGGCUAUUUUGGCCUGCUCUCAUCUCCUUUCAGUGUUUCAACACAUCAAAAUAUUACGAAAACGUUUUUAAUGUCC